AUGAGCAGAAAUGAGUUUCUUUCCUUAAGCAGAGAGGAAGAGAACAUGACAGGCAGUGUGUAUAUGGUCAGCGGGCCUGUUGUUGUAGCAGAAAAUAUGCUUGGGUGCGCAAUGUACGAGCUAGCCAAGGUAGGGCACCAGGGACUGCUCGGUGAAGUCAUUAAAAUAGAGGGAGAUAAGAUCACAAUCCAAGUCUACGAAGAAACUUCGGGGCUCGGCGUAGGUGACCCUGUGCUCCGCCUGGGACACCCCCUGUGCGUUGAGCUGGGCCCUGGGCUUCUCAACAACAUAUUCGAUGGAAUACAAAGACCUCUUCGCAACAUAUACGAGCAAACAAAAAGUCUCUACAUCCCCAACGGAAUAUCCACCCCUGCACUAGACAGAACAAAGCAUUGGCCAUUUGUUCCAUCUGUAGCAGUGGGUGACACUCUGGGCCCUGGCGAUGUAUUUGGAACUGUGCAAGAGAAUACUCUCCUCGUCCUUAAGCUCAUGGUUUCUCCCACGAGCCCAGGGGGGGUAGUCACCAGCAUAUCUCCAGCAGGUGAGUACACAGUUGAUCACAUACUGCUGGAAAUGAACAGCGAAAAUAGCACAGUGAGCCACGAAAGGAUGUACCAAGUGUGGCCAGUUAGAUCUCCCAGGCCCAUAAAGAAGAAGCUAAGACCUGUCCAGCAGCUAUUUACUGGACAGAGACUACUAGAUGCCAUGUUCCCGUGCGUGCAGGGAGGCACUGCAGCUAUUCCCGGCGCCUUUGGGUGCGGCAAGACAGUCAUCUCUCAGUCUCUCUCGAAGUAUUCCAACUCUGACGUAAUAGUCUAUGUGGGAUGUGGAGAAAGAGGGAAUGAAAUGAGCGAAGUCCUCGAAGAGUUCCCAACCCUCAAAGUAACAGUCAAUGGAAAGGAAGAGUCCAUCAUGAAGAGAACUGUGCUCAUAGCAAAUACAUCCAAUAUGCCUGUAGCUGCCAGAGAGGCAUCUAUCUACACAGGAAUUACCAUUGCAGAGUUCUACAGAGAUCAAGGGUACAAUGUGUCCAUGAUGGCAGACUCUACCUCCAGAUGGGCUGAAGCCCUUCGAGAGAUAAGCGGUAGACUCGCUGAAAUGCCUGCAGAUAGCGGAUAUCCUGCGUACUUAGGGGCUAGGCUUGCAUUCUUCUACGAAAGAGCAGGAUACACCGAGUGUCUAAGCAGUGAGGGCAGGCGAGGGAGUGUGACGGUUGUUGGGGCUGUAUCCCCCCCGGGUGGAGACUUUUCGGAUCCCGUGACAUCAGCUACGCUGGGAAUCGUGCAGGUCUUCUGGGGCCUAGACAAGAAGCUUGCGCAGAGGAAACACUUCCCGAGCGUGAACUGGAAUGUAAGCUACUCGAAGUACAUCGAUCUAUUGCUCCCGUACCACACCGAGUACAAUGCAACGUACUCAGAGUCCAUGCGAACAAUCAAAGAGCUCCUGCAGAAGGAAGAGUCACUGAGCGAGAUUGUGCAGCUCGUUGGAAAGGGGUCCCUGGGCGAGCUGGAGAAACUGGAGAUGAGCAUCGCAAGGGUGAUCAAGGAAGACUUCCUGCAGCAGAACGGAGUGUCAGCGUAUGAUAAAUACUGUCCGUUCUACAAGACUGUGAUGAUGAGCAACAUAAUAGUUUACUACUACACGAAGUGCAGAGAGCUAAUAGACACGCGCGUUGUUCCUUCAUGGGAGUUCCUGCAGAACGAGACACAGGACAUAUACUACAGACUCACGCGCAUGAAGUUCGAAGACCCAGCAAAGGGAGAAAGGACGGUGGCAGAGAACCUGCAGGCUCUAGAGAGCAACAUAACUGCAGCAGUGCGGAUGCUCACGGAAUAA